AAACGUCUCAAAAGUCACAGCUCCCGGUGACAAUCUUUCUGAUAUCCCUUAUGAUGCUUAUAAUUGUAAUUCUACCGAACCUUCGCCUAGCAAUGAAGUAGGAUUCAAUAUAAUAAUAAAUCGUAUCCCUAGUUCUACGAGUGACUGUAGUAAAUUGUUAUUAAAUACAUUGAUUAUUAAGAACCCCGGUAGUUUGACCGGUUAUCACGAAGUACCGAAACGACCUAACGACUGA